AUGAGCGAGCCAGGGUCCUCCUCGCUUCUCAACAUGUACGGCGAAUACCACAACAUGACCGAGCUUUAUCACCUGCUCAAUGACACCUUCUUCUACUGCAACUUGGGGUUGGAUCAUAACGUGAAGCAGGUCUUCCUCUUUGUCCUGUACCUCAUCAUCUUUGUGGUCGGGCUGGUGGAGAAUCUCUUGGUUAUUUGGGUCAACUGGCAGAGCCGAGGUCACAGGAACCUGGUCAACGUCUACAUCCUGAACAUGGCCAUCGCUGACCUAGGGGUAGUCCUCUCCUUACCUGUCUGGAUGCUAGAAGUUAUGCUUGAUUACACGUGGCUCUGGGGAGGUUUCCUUUGCCGCUUUACCCACUACUUUUACUUCGCCAACAUGUACAGCAGCAUCUUCUUUCUCACCUGCCUCAGCGUUGACCGCUAUGUCUCCUUGACAACUUCUUCCCACUUCUGGCACCGAAACCAGCACUGGGUGAGACGUGUUGUCUGUUGCUGCAUAUGGGCCUCCGCCGCCAUCAUCCCUUUGCCCGAGGUGGCGCACAUGGAGGUAAUGGACUCCAUCGAGCCAAUCUGCAUCUUCUUGGCCCCUUUUGAGACCUUUGAUGAGUGGGCAACAACGGUCACGCUGCUGGCCAUCAUCCUUGGAUUCGUCAUCCCCUUCCCUAUCAUUGCAGUUUUUAACAUAUUGACCGCCCGAUACAUCAAGCGUAGUAACAAGCCAGAGAGCAGGAAGCACUGCGCCCUCAUCUACGCCUACAUCAUCGUUUUCCUGAUCUGCUGGCUGCCAUUCCACUUGUUUUUGAUCAUGAUCUCUUUGGACGGCAUUCACAUCUUAAUCUCCUGCUACUUCGCUGACUUCAUCUACUUCUUCUAUGACAUUAUAGACUGUUUCAGCUUGGUCCAUUGUGUGGUCAACCCUAUCUUGUACAACUUCCUGAGCAAGAACUUCCGAGGGAAGCUGAUCUCUGCUGUGGUGAAGUACAUCCCCAAAGACCAAAUGGGUCAGAAGGGUGGAGAUGGUUCCUCCUCGAGCACCCAACAUUCCAUUGUCAUCACAAAAGAAAAUAUCUCACCAAGCUAAGC